UUGAAUAUUUCAAAAUAUGUCAACAAACAUUGACCGCAAAAGAAUUUUAAUUGAGAUAUACAGGAAUUUGUCAGACUGGGAGUACAGAAUGUCUCGUACCUGAUAAUGGUAUGAGGGAUCCAAAUAAGCUAGUCGGAACUGAGGGUAUUGUACUGGAAGCAUCUCCCGUACUUCCUUCAAUACAGCCCUUACCUGUUCCGGCGCAACCAAAGAGAUUGGGAGAUACCCACUGAGAAGAGUCUGAGAAGCCGCUAUAUAAGUAUAAGCAUGUGACUCCUGUUCCAUAGCAAUAAGAUUACUUAAAGGCAAAGCACAAUCUGAGGGUACAACUUCGAAUAUAUCGCUCCAUGAUCGUCAUAUGAAAUCAUUCAAAAACACAAUUAGCAAUAUAAACCACGAGAUAAAUUUUUUUGGAGCUUUUUGUUACUUGUACCGGGCUCCAUUUGUAAACAUCGUCUGCUACAAAAACGACCACUAGCGCCGUCUUCCGUUGAUGACGUAUUACCGUGUAUCAAUUAUCAUCAGCAAUAACAAUGGCGGACAAUAUCAGCAGUUCUUCGAUUUCGAGUGAUAGUGACGACGAUUUAGCAAGUUCUGGACAUGCUGGAGCGAGUGAAUCAAUAUCAUCGGUUGAUUUAACGGGAGAUGAACUCGAGGAUCGCGUUAUGGUGGCAGGAGAGGUUCAGGGGUACCAAUUCGAGCCGAGUUUCAACUCCGAAGGCAGUGGCAAUGGGUCUGGCUCGGAAACUUCGGCUUCUGAAUCAGAUUCUCAUUCUGACGAUCCGGACGGGGUGAAGGCCAAAUGGCAUGAAUGGGCAUCAAGAAUGAACAUAACGGAUUGGUGCGACUGUGGAAAGUUGUGUGUGAAUUCACCUUUCCCUGAAGAAAAUGCGUGCUGCUCUGAAAAGGUCCCCAUUUUGAACAAGAUGGAAGAAUUCAAUGCCGACCACGGUGGCGACAUCGUAUGCAUUACUAAGCAUCCAGGGUUCAGCUCCAACUACCUGGAUGUAUGGGUUCUACAAGCGGCCUACAGGUUGUACCAGAAGAAACACCGAGUGGGCAUAGACGGGGAGAUCAAUAUGAAUAUGAAAUACAGAUACAUCGCAUAUCGUCAGCUAGUUGCCUGGUGCUGGGGGUUCCUAGGGAAAGAAAAUCGAGUGCCGCUGCCAGCCUGUGCUUUGGAUGUGAUUCGAAAGACAUUUCCAGCUGAAGGAGAACUUGUAGGUUUUAAAUACCCCACUCUCAAGAAAAAGUAAGACACAAGUUAGUGAAAGACUGAAAGUUCAUUUGUUGUUAAAACGACGGAACGUUGUCUGGUACUUUUCAACAGCAGUGGCUUUGUCUGGAUGAUCGUAGCUUGCGCACAGUGCUUCGUACGUGUUCUUCUUCUCAGGUUGGAUAUUGUUGAUGCAUCUUCGUUGGACUUCAGGAAGUAAUCUCUGGAUGUAAUCUGUGAAUAGAACAUUCUGAGUAAGAUUUGUACUGGUGUUAACUGUGAUAGAUUAUUAUUAUAGACCCCACAUACAACAAAUGUGGGGUCUAUAUUGAGAUUACUAGGAGAAGGUACUAGGCUUCUGCAUUCUUCCCAGGUUAGGUAGUCCAGCAAAACUGCUAUUUCAACUGAAAAACUGUCACCCCUGUCCCAUCAAACUAAACUCGAUCUAGUGCACCUGGCAAAGAUUUUUUCGAAAUUCGGAUAAUUUUGAUGACUUUGAAGCGUUUUUAUGCGCCGAUUUUCGGAUUUGUUUUCAAAUCUCCGGCACGAUUCUGUCACUCACACGUAUAUUACAUGUAUUAGCAUAAGCUCCGCCCCGUAAUGGUGACGUCAUAUCCUCAUGCAUCAUGGGUGAGGCUAAAGAUACUCGGCCCCCUUUGUUGACAUCGGCUAUUUUAAGAAAAGCAUAUGGUAACUCCUUACCCACAAUACAUUGCGGACAAACAUUACCACGUGUUUUUUUGCAUCAUGGCUGCGGUAUCUGAGCUCUUUGCCGAAGUGGCGAGCUGUCGAGUAUUUUGAGCAAAGAACGACGGUUGAAUGUAGGAAUAAAAUAAAGGAAUAGCUUAUCGAUGAUCCAUCCUGCCCAUCUGAAAAGGUUAGGGUGCUGUUUAAAUGUUAUUGAGCGUGUGAUUUUGAGAAAGCGCGAGCGUGUUUGUCCGGAAAUAGAUCAUCCGCGAAACGGAAUAGACUUCACUCCUCCAUACGUGUACUGUGUGGGCCCGUGGGGGAUAUCGAAUUUGCUGCCAAGCAACUUCAAAUUUCUAAUAUAUUUCUUUAUAUCUUCCUGUUCUCUCCCUUCUUCCCAAUACUGGCGGUAGAAGAUUCCAGCAAUACCCCCAAGUACAAGUGGGAGCUAUCAAAUUUGCUGACAAGCAAAUUUCAAAUUUCUAGUUAAUUUUAAUAUUUGAAAGCAUUUAAAUAAAUUUAUUAAUAAAAUGGUCAUAAUUUUGUAAUUACUAAUUUCUUUUGGCCUUACCGUGUGUGCUAGCUUUCUUGAUGGGACGAACAGAGUAAGCCCCCUUCUUGACUUUUGGAAAUAUGAUUGACCAUCUUUCAUCACCUGUGCUUGUUACUGCCUGGUC